AUGGACGCUGCAGACGCUGCCGCAGCCUCUCCAGCGGCGCCUCACCAGCCACCAUACCAGUACACGGCGAGCCAGGGUUACGAGCAGACCGAGGAAGUGCCCCGCGAAUUGCUGAGGCAACAGGCCGAUGCCCCGCUCCCCGUGGACGGCGACGACGACGACCUCGAGGACAUUUUCGACGACGACGACCAGAUUGACGACGACGAGGAAUGGGCCGCCGACGGCGACCUGACUAAGAGCUAUAACCGCCAGCGACAGGCCACGGAUGCUGGUGCCGCCGUGCCGCGGUCCAAUGCGCAGAAGCCAAAGGCAAACACCUUUGCCAGCGUCGACGACCAGGUCUCGGCGCUGUCCAAGCACGCCGUCAAGAUCCGCCUCGACUCGGUCAAGCAGGAUGACGACCGCGACAAGGACAAGGCCGACCGCGCCACCAGCGAGCAGGUGCUGGACCAGCGCACGCGCAUGAUUCUGCUGCAGAUGAUCAACCGCGGCGUCGUCAGCGAGGUCCACGGCGCCAUCAGCACGGGCAAGGAGGCGAAUGUCUACGGCGCCGUGUCGCAUGAUGACGAGACGGGCGUGGCGACGCAGCGGGCCAUCAAGGUGUACAAGACGGCCAUUUUGGUCUUCAAGGAUCGCGAGCGCUACAUUACGGGCGAGCACCGCUUCAAGGGCGGCUUCGACAAGGGCAAUAGUCGCAAGAUGGUCAAGUUGUGGGCUGAGAAGGAGUAUCGCAACCUGAGGAGGAUAUACAAUGCCGGGAUUCCCUGUCCGGAGCCGCUGGCGCUGAAGCUGCAUGUGCUGGUGAUGGGAUUCUUGGGCGAUAGGAAGGGAUGGGCGUACCCGCGGCUGCGAGAUGCGAAUCUAAAGGGCGACGAUGUGGACCAGCAGUGGCAGAAUCUGUAUGUGCAGCUCCUGGGCACGAUGCGACGGAUGUACCAGAUCUGCAGACUCGUCCACGCUGAUUUGAGCGAAUACAAUAUCCUCUACCACAACGGCAAGCUGUACAUUAUUGAUGUGUCGCAGAGCGUGGAGCCGGACCAUCCCCGAUCGCUCGAGUUUCUGCGCAUGGACAUCAAGAACGUGGGCGACUUCUUCCGCCGCAAGGGCGUCGACACGCUGCCGGAUCGGGCCAUUUUCAACUUCAUCACCGUGCCGGCGGGGCCGGUCGAGGAGCCCGCCAUGGGCGAGGCCAUUGCGAAGCUGUACGAGACACGGCAGGCUGCUACAAAUGAGGAGGAGGCUGCUGCGGAGGAAGUCGACACGGAGGUCUUUCGAAACCAGUACAUCCCGCAGACGCUGGAGCAGGUGUAUGAUAUUGAAAAGGAUGUCAAGAGAUUGGGGCUGGGAGAGGGCAAUGAGUUGGUGUAUAGCAAGUUGCUGGCUGACCAGGUUGUUGCUGCCCCCAAUGGUGGUGAAAAGAACAAGGUAGAUGAAGAGGAGUCAGAGGAUGAGUCUGGAGAGGGAGCUUCUCUUGGCGGUGAUGAUGAUGAGUCUGGGGAUGAUGAGAGCCGGUUUGACAAAGGAAGGCCGAGAGGGCGCAAGUUUGAGGACAAGGACGAGAAGAAGCUACAUAAACAGGCUGUCAAGGAGGCGAAGCGCGAGAAACGACAGGAGAAGAUUCCCAAGCAUCUGAAGAAGAAGCUCGUUUCUAGCACGUCGAGAAAAACGAAGAAAUAA